AUGAGAGGAAGAUCAAUCUAAAAUCCGUAGCCAUUUUAAAUGCGCUCUCCUUAAAGAGCUGUUUCCCCUAUUAUUUAAGUUGUUCCUUAAGCACCUUAGCAGCAAGCUCUUUCCGACAGUUUAAUUAACAUGAAAAUGGAAAAAGUCUUAAUGGGAUUUGAAAUUUAAAGAUUAAAUUGUGUAUUACUUGAAUUGGAUAGAAAAAGAAAUGCCAUGAAAAAUACAAUGUAAAUUUUGAUUAAAUAAAGAUAAUAACAUCAGGAGAGGGAAUAAGUUUUGCUACUUGAAGUAUAGAGUUAGAAAUAAGAAAUAAACGAAUUACAACAGAAAGAAAAAUUAGCUAGGGAAAAAUUAAAUUCUUUUUUAAGAUAAGCAAGCCAAUAGGAAAAUUAGAAUAAAGUAUUAAAAAUCUGUUAUCUUAGGAUCAAUCAAGUAAAUUAGAAGAAAUAAGAAAACUCUAAGAUGAAAACAAAUUAUUAGAAUCAAAACUAUCCUAUCUACUUAGUCUAAAUCAAUUAGAAAACAAAUAAGAAGGUACUUCAAUAAAAAAGGUUGAAUAACCAUCUUUUUCAAAGAAUGAAUAAUUACCUGAGCAUUUACAAAAUGCAUUAAGCAAUCUUUAAAGUGGGAUUUCAUAAUAUAGAAAUGGUAAUUUGAUUUAGAAUAAAUAUGCCAAUGCUUUAACGAUGUUGGCAGAAUUGAUAAAUUCUCAUAAUAAUCUCUUGCAAAAAUUGGAUAAAGAUUAAGAUGACUAUGAAGUAGAAAUCUAGUAAAUAUAAAUAUAUUUGACUUCAUUAAAUCAAGAUAUUGAAGCUUUGAAACGAUACGAAACACCAAAAGCAGUAAGAAGAAUCUUAAACAAUUAAAGUCCUUUACAAGCAAGAUCAUAGUCUCCAUCAUUGUCAUCUGAAGAAGUAUUUUCAAAAAUUAUGACACAUAUCGAACAUCUCCAACUUGAUCCUCAUAAUGUACCAACAAUUAUUAAACAAAUUUCUUUAUUAAAUUCAUUAGUUAGAUUAAAGAAUGAAGAUUUAAAAUUGAUUGGAAAUAAUACCAAAUUAAGGGGAUCUCCUGUUCGAUAUUCAGUUGAAAGAUCCAACGGAAGUAUCAGAGUAUUGACUCCAAUAAAAUACAUAAGUCCAAUUAGGGUAUCUCCAACCAGACAUCACACUUAUAAUACAAAUUUAAGCGUUCCCCAAAGAGUUUCCAUAAUACAUCCUAAUAUAUCAGACUCAAUUUAAACUUAACAAAGACCAGGCAUAGCAGAUUCAUUCCCAUAAUAAUCAAAAGAUGAAUUUUAGAAUGCUUUAAGUUAGUUUAGAGAUAACUAAGAUAGAUUAUAUUAAUUAGAAUAAGAAAGAUUAAGUUUCUAGGAAUAAAUUUAAUAUUGGAAAUAAAAAUUUGAAGAUGAAAUUGAAAAAAAUAAUCAAAAUUUAUCCCCAGAAAGCAUUGAAUAAAAAUUAUUAAAAGAAGUUAAAAAGAAUUAAGAAAUGUUUUCUGAAAUUAUUCUACUAAAAUAAGAAAUUUAAAAACUCUAAAAAUAAGUUGAUUUUGAAUAGGAAAAGUUGCAUGAUCAAGCUAUCAAAUCAAUUGAAUAGCAAUCCUAAUAAGAAAAAAAAUGUUAGAACUUAGAAAUAAUAUAAAAGCAACUCGAUUAAUAAAAUUAGGAGUAAGAACAAUAAAUAUAGGAUUUAAAAAGAUAAUUAUAAGUAAAUGAUGAAGAGAAAACAAAAUUAAAAAAUUAGUUAUAAAAAUAAGAGGAAGGUUUACCUUAAUAACCAGUAGAAAACUUUAAAAUUUAGCUCUGUGAUCCAAUUCUUAUUGAAAAAAAUAAAAAGUAAGAUGAAAAACAGAAAGAAAUUGAUAAUUUGAAAAAGAAAAAUAUUGAAUUAUAAGAAAAAGUUAUAGAAGUACAAGAGGAAUUAUAUAAUUUAAAUUCUUAAUAAAGAGGGUAAAUUUAAAACCCAAAUAUUUAAUAAGGAAUGCAAACAGAUUCAGAAAGAAUAUUAAAAAUAAGUUAGUUAGAGUAAGAAAAUUAAAAAUUAAAGACUUAAGUUAAAGAAGUUGAAUAAUAAAGAUAAGCUGAUUUGAAAGAAUUUUAAGACAUGAUUGGUAAUGGUGUAUAAGAAUAAAAAGUAGUGGGCUUGAUGACAGAUAAGCAGGAUUUACAGAAAUAAGUUAGGGAUUAAUAAAAUCAAAUUGAUCAACUCUAAUAAAAAUAAAUUUCUCUAUAAGCAGAUUUAUUAAGUAAAACAAAAGAAUUAUAGUAAUAUGAUGCAUAAAAUUAAUAAUAGCCAAAUAAUUAAUAAAAUGAGUAACAGACUGAUCUAAUUAAUUCAUUAUAAUAAUAAUUAUCAUAAGCUAAAUAAUAAUAUUAAGAGCUGUUGGAAACUGCUUCAUAAAAUAUAACUCCAAAUGGGCUGAAAGAAAAAGUAUUAUAAUAAUAAACUACUAUUCAUGAUUAGUAGGAUUAGAUAAUAAAUUUACAAUAGUAAUUGGAAAAAGAACUUCCUAAAUUACAAGGAUAAUUAACUUAGACUCAAUAAGAAUUAUAAGCAGCUUAAAAUGAUGCAUAACUUUAAGCCAAAAGAUAUUAGGAUUUAUUAGCUAAGAAAUAACCAGAAGAUCAAAAAGGUGAUGAACAAUAAGAAAUUCCUCAAGAAGAAGCAAAAUAGUUAAAAUAAUAAAAUUAAGAACUUCAAACCAGUUUGUAAAAUUUGGAGUAAGAAAAAAAAUAGAAUGGCUUAGAAGUGCAAAAAUUAUAAUAAGCUAAGGAUGAAAUUGAUAGUUUGCAAAGAGAAAAAAAUUUAGCUGAAUAAUUGUAAAAUAUUUUACAAGAAUAAGUGAAAGAUUUAUAAAAUUAAAUAACAGAGUUAAAAAAAAAAGAAGAAAAUCUAAAAUAGGAAAUAAAAAGCUAAAAAGAUAAUCAAAGUGACAUAAUAGGCAAUAAUCAAUAAGGUGAUACUCAAAAGUCUAAGGAUUAACUCCCCUAACAAUAGUAAGGAUAAGAACGAUAAGAGUAAGGAUAAAUUCAACCAGAAAAUGUAGAAGCUUUAAAGGAUUAAAUUGCUAAAUUAAACUUUGAAAAGGAAUAAAACAAGAAUGAGCUUGAUUCAUUAUCUAAUUACAAAAAAGAAAAUGAAGACUUAAGAAAACAAAAGCUUGAGCUUUAGAAUUAACUACUAGAAAAAUAAAGCUAAAUUAAUAAAUUAUAGGAUAAUAAAAUUUAGACAGAAAAUUCUGACAAUUAAAAUUUGAAAUUUUAAACAGAUCCUGAAAAAAAUUUAAAAAUCAGUUAACUUACUUAAGAAAAUCAAUCGCUGAAAAAUUAGAUCACUCAAAUAGAGGAUUAAAAGAAAGAAGAUCUAAAAUAAUUUUAAAAUAUGAUUGGAAAUGGAGUUAAUGAGUAAUAGAUUGUUGAUUUAUAUCGCCAAAAACAAGAACUUUAAUCAGAAAUUAGAUAAUUAUAAAACUAGCUUGAUAAAGUAUAGCAAGAAUCCAUAUAUUUGUAAGAAUAAUUAGCUGAAAAAAAUAAAUAAAUAAUUGAUUUAAAUUAGACAUUGCCUCAAGAUGAAUAAAAACUUCUUAUAUUAGAAAAUUAAAAGGAAAUAGAAUAAUUAAAAGCUUAGCUCAAUAAAGCAAAAUAAUAAUAUUAAGAAAUCUUAGAAAUUCAAUCUUAAAAUUUAACUCCAAAUGGUCAAAAAGAAAAACUUCUUUAAAAUGCAAAAUAAAUACAUGAAUUAGAAUAACUUCUUUUAGAAAAAUAAUAAGAAAUAGAAAAUUAAGUUCCGUAAUUAUAAGGGCAACUAAAAGAAUUAUAACAAAAGUACGCUGAUUCAUAAAAUGAAGUUUAACUUUUGAAUGAUAGAUACUAAGAUCUAUUGAGUAAGAAACCCUUAGAAAUACCAGACUAACGAGAAGAAAAUGUAGUUUUGGCUGAAUUAUAAGAAAAAAAUAAAAAUUAUGAGGAAUAAAUUAAAUAAUUAAUUUAAGAUUAAAAGCAAUCUCAAAAUAGUCAAACAACAAUGUCUGAAGAAAUAUAGGAUCUAGGUAGAUAGAAUAACUUAUUAUAAUAGUAAUUAUAAUUAACUGAAUAAUAAUUAAAUCAAAUUUAGCAUGAAUUAAAUGAACAAAGAUCAUUAAUUUAGUCAAAAGAUGAUGAAAUUUUGAAAUUAAAAAAUGACCUAAUAGAAGCUAAUGGAGAUUUUUGGAAAUAGGAGUAUCAAAAAUUAUAAAAUUAGCAAGGAGGGUAAGAAACCUCAAAUUAGGUUCCUUAAUAAAGUAAAAUUUAAUAGGAUGAUGAAAAGAAUAAUAAUGAAAUAAUAAACUCUUUAUAAUCUUAAUUGGCAAUUUUAUAAUAAUAAGGCAAUGAUUAAUAGUAGCUCCAACAAGAAAAUGAACAAUUAAAAUAAAGUAAAUUGUAAUUAUAAAAUGAAUUAUUAAAUGCAUAAAAUACUUUGAAUUAAUUAUUUUCAGGAUAAUUGCCACAAAAAGCAGAUAACCCUUCAUUAUUAGAUCCAACUAAAGCGCUUUAAAUUAGCUAAUUAUAAUAAGAAAAUUAACAAUUAAAGAAAUAGAUUAUUGAUAUAGAAGCAGAAAGAAAAGAAGAUUUGAAAAAUUUUGAAAAUAUACUGGGAACAGGACCAGAAGGAAAAUAAAUUGUAUCCUUAAUAUCAGAGAAACAACAAUUAUCUUAAAAAUUAAGGGAUUUAGAAAAUCAAAUAGAUUAAUUACAAUAAUCUCAAAUCAUUUUACAGAGCCAACUGCUUGAAAAAAACUAAUAGCUCAUGGAUCUAUACGAUGAAUAAAAUCAAUAAAAUGCUAAUAUCAAAUUAUAACAACUUUAGGCUUAAAUAGAUUUAUUAUAAAAACAACUAGAAAAAUCAAAAGAGCAGUAUUAAGAAUUACUCGAAAUAUAAUCAUAAGCAGUAACUCCAAAUGGAUAAAAAGAAGAAAUUUUAUAAAAAACAAAAUUAAUCCAUUAGCAAGAAGAGGAAAUAUAAACUUUAUAACAUCAAAUCGAAUAAAAUUUACCUGAAUUGGUCGGUAAACUUGAAGAGGCUUAAUUAAAAUUAAAGUAAGCAGAGGAUGAAGCUAACUUAUGGAAAAGUAAACAUUAAAUGCUUCUAGAUAAUAGACCAAAUAUACAAUAACCAACGGUAGAUAAAUAAUCGAUAAAAGAACUAAAUUUAGAAGAAGCCUAACAAGCAGUACAAGAUUUAUUAAUUAAAUAAGAAUAGAAUGAGUAACAGAAGGAUGAGUAAUAAAAUUAAAUUAUUGAACAAUAAAAUUAAUUAUAACAGCUAUAAGAUGAGAAAGAUAAUCUUUAAAGAGAAAACAAGUUAUUACUAGAAUAAAAUCAGAUUAUUAAAUAAUAAAAUGAUUAAUAAAAGAGAUAGGUUGAGGAAUUGAAAAAUUAAGACUUAGAGAAUAGAUAAUAAAUAUUAGAUCUGAAAAAUUAAUUGGAAUAAGAAAACGCAGAGUUUUGGAGAACUGAAUAUUAAAAAUUAGCAAAUAAACAUGGAGAAGAUAUUCCAACUUAAUUCCCAAGUUAGAAAUAAGUAGUUCCAUAACAUAUUUAAAAAGAUGAAGGAAAUUAGACAGAAGCUUUAUAAGAAUUGAAAAAGUAAAAUGAAUUGUUACAAACAUAACUAGAAGAUUAAAAUUAAUUACAAUAAGAAAAUGAUGAAUUAAAGGCUCAUAAAUUAUAAUUGUAAGACUAAUUGUUAUAAGCAUAAAAAUAAUUGCAAGAUUUAUUAUCUGAAUAGAUUCCAAAAUAAAUAACAUCCUCAGGAUCAAUUCAAUUUUAAACUGAUCCAUAAAAAGCAUUAUAGAUAAGUUAAUUAUAAUAAACCAAUUAAGCAUUAAACUAAUAAAUAGAAGAAUUAUAAUAAUAAAGAAAAGAAGAUUUAUAGAAAUUUUAAGAUAUGAUUGGAAAUGGAGUAAAUGAAUAAUAAAUUGUAGCAUUAAUGUCUGAAAAAUAAUAAUUAUAAUCUGAUUUAAGAAUGUUAUAAAGCAAAUUAGAUUAAGUUUAAUAAGAACAGUUAGCCUUACAAAGUUAAUUGACUUAAAAAACUAAAUAAUUAAUUGAUAUCCAUGAUGAUGUCAAAUAAGAAGAAUAGUUGUAAUAAUAAUAAUUAUUAUCUAAUGAAAAUGAACUGUUAAAGAAAUAAUUAGAAAAAGUCAAAAGCUAAUAUUAAGAGCUUCUAGAAUUAUAAUCAUAAAAUUUAACACCAAAUGGAUUGUAAGAGAAAUUAUUACAAUAAACGAAGCAAAUUCACGAUUUAGAAGAACAAAAUCAUAUUUAAUAACAUCAAAUAGAAACAGAAAUUCCUUAAUUAGUAGGAGAACUCACUGAAACUAAAUAAAAAUUAAAAGAUGCAAUAACAGAUGCAUAAUUAUGGAAUGAUAAAUAUCAUGAUUUGUUAGAUCAUAAAUAAAGUGUGUAGCCUCAACAUUAAGAAGAAGAUAUUGCUAAGAUGACAAGAGAAGAGGCUUAAUAAGCACUAUCAGAUCUAUAAUAAUAAUAUUAAAACUCAUUGCUAAAAUUAAAAUAAGCUUAAGAUAAUGCAGAAGAACUCAAAUAAAAUUUGGUAAAGGCAUAAGAUAAUAUGGAUAAUUAACAAAGAGAUGCAAAAUUAUUAAAAGAAUAAAAGGAAAUCCUAGAAAAAUAAAAUGAAUCUCUUUAAAAUGCAAUCAAUGAUCUAAAAUAAAAAGAUAAAGAAAAUAGAUAAUAAAUAUUAGAUCUGAAAAAUUAAUUGGAAUAAGAAAACGCAGAGUUUUGGAGAACUGAAUAUUAAAAAUUAGCGAAUAAACAUGGAGAAGAUAUUCCAACUUAAUUCCCAAGUUAGAAAUAAGUAGUUCCAUAACAUAUUUAAAAAGAUGAAGGAAAUUAGACAGAAGCUUUAUAAGAAUUGAAAAAGUAAAAUGAAUUGUUACAAACAUAACUAGAAGAUUAAAAUUAAUUACAAUAAGAAAAUGAUGAAUUAAAGGCUCAUAAAUUAUAAUUGUAAGACUAAUUGUUAUAAGCAUAAAAAUAAUUGCAAGAUUUAUUAUCUGAAUAGAUUCCAAAAUAAAUAACAUCCUCAGGAUCAAUUCAAUUUUAAACUGAUCCAUAAAAAGCAUUAUAGAUAAGUUAAUUAUAAUAAACCAAUUAAGCAUUAAACUAAUAAAUAGAAGAAUUAUAAUAAUAAAGAAAAGAAGAUUUAUAGAAAUUUUAAGAUAUGAUUGGAAAUGGAGUAAAUGAAUAAUAAAUUGUAGCAUUAAUGUCUGAAAAAUAAUAAUUAUAAUCUGAUUUAAGAAUGUUAUAAAGCAAAUUAGAUUAAGUUUAAUAAGAACAGUUAGCCUUACAAAGUUAAUUGACUUAAAAAACUAAAUAAUUAAUUGAUAUCCAUGAUGAUGUCAAAUAAGAAGAAUAGUUGUAAUAAUAAUAAUUAUUAUCUAAUGAAAAUGAACUGUUAAAGAAAUAAUUAGAAAAAGUCAAAAGCUAAUAUUAAGAGCUUCUAGAAUUAUAAUCAUAAAAUUUAACACCAAAUGGAUUGUAAGAGAAAUUAUUACAAUAAACGAAGCAAAUUCACGAUUUAGAAGAACAAAAUCAUAUUUAAUAACAUCAAAUAGAAACAGAAAUUCCUUAAUUAGUAGGAGAACUCACUUGAAACUAAAUAAAAAUUAAAAGAUGCAAUAACAGAUGCAUAAUUAUGGAAUGAUAAAUAUCAUGAUUUGUUAGAUCAUAAAUAAAGUGUGUAGCCUCAACAUUAAGAAGAAGAUAUUGCUAAGAUGACAAGAGAAGAGGCUUAAUAAGCACUAUCAGAUCUAUAAUAAUAAUAUUAAAACUCAUUGCUAAAAUUAAAAUAAGCUUAAGAUAAUGCAGAAGAACUCAAAUAAAAUUUGGUAAAGGCAUAAGAUAAUAUGGAUAAUUAACAAAGAGAUGCAAAAUUAUUAAAAGAAUAAAAGGAAAUCCUAGAAAAAUAAAAUGAAUCUCUUUAAAAUGCAAUCAAUGAUCUAAAAUAAAAAGAUAAAGAAAAUAGAUAAUAAAUAUUAGAUCUGAAAAAUUAAUUGGAAUAAGAAAACGCAGAGUUUUGGAGAACUGAAUAUUAAAAAUUAGCGAAUAAACAUGGAGAAGAUAUUCCAACUUAAUUCCCAAGUUAGAAAUAAGUAGUUCCAUAACAUAUUUAAAAAGAUGAAGGAAAUUAGACAGAAGCUUUAUAAGAAUUGAAAAAGUAAAAUGAAUUGUUACAAACAUAACUAGAAGAUUAAAAUUAAUUACAAUAAGAAAAUGAUGAAUUAAAGGCUCAUAAAUUAUAAUUGUAAGACUAAUUGUUAUAAGCAUAAAAAUAAUUGCAAGAUUUAUUAUCUGAAUAGAUUCCAAAAUAAAUAACAUCCUCAGGAUCAAUUCAAUUUUAAACUGAUCCAUAAAAAGCAUUAUAGAUAAGUUAAUUAUAAUAAACCAAUUAAGCAUUAAACUAAUAAAUAGAAGAAUUAUAAUAAUAAAGAAAAGAAGAUUUAUAGAAAUUUUAAGAUAUGAUUGGAAAUGGAGUAAAUGAAUAAUAAAUUGUAGCAUUAAUGUCUGAAAAAUAAUAAUUAUAAUCUGAUUUAAGAAUGUUAUAAAGCAAAUUAGAUUAAGUUUAAUAAGAACAGUUAGCCUUACAAAGUUAAUUGACUUAAAAAACUAAAUAAUUAAUUGAUAUCCAUGAUGAUGUCAAAUAAGAAGAAUAGUUGUAAUAAUAAUAAUUAUUAUCUAAUGAAAAUGAACUGUUAAAGAAAUAAUUAGAAAAAGUCAAAAGCUAAUAUUAAGAGCUUCUAGAAUUAUAAUCAUAAAAUUUAACACCAAAUGGAUUGUAAGAGAAAUUAUUACAAUAAACGAAGCAAAUUCACGAUUUAGAAGAACAAAAUCAUAUUUAAUAACAUCAAAUAGAAACAGAAAUUCCUUAAUUAGUAGGAGAACUCACUGAAACUAAAUAAAAAUUAAAAGAUGCAAUAACAGAUGCAUAAUUAUGGAAUGAUAAAUAUCAUGAUUUGUUAGAUCAUAAAUAAAGUGUGUAGCCUCAACAUUAAGAAGAAGAUAUUGCUAAGAUGACAAGAGAAGAGGCUUAAUAAGCACUAUCAGAUCUAUAAUAAUAAUAUUAAAACUCAUUGCUAAAAUUAAAAUAAGCUUAAGAUAAUGCAGAAGAACUCAAAUAAAAUUUGGUAAAGGCAUAAGAUAAUAUGGAUAAUUAACAAAGAGAUGCAAAAUUAUUAAAAGAAUAAAAGGAAAUCCUAGAAAAAUAAAAUGAAUCUCUUUAAAAUGCAAUCAAUGAUCUAAAAUAAAAAGAUAAAGAAAAUAGAUAAUAAAUAUUAGAUCUGAAAAAUUAAUUGGAAUAAGAAAACGCAGAGUUUUGGAGAACUGAAUAUUAAAAAUUAGCGAAUAAACAUGGAGAAGAUAUUCCAACUUAAUUCCCAAGUUAGAAAUAAGUAGUUCCAUAACAUAUUUAAAAAGAUGAAGGAAAUUAGACAGAAGCUUUAUAAGAAUUGAAAAAGUAAAAUGAAUUGUUACAAACAUAACUAGAAGAUUAAAAUUAAUUACAAUAAGAAAAUGAUGAAUUAAAGGCUCAUAAAUUAUAAUUGUAAGACUAAUUGUUAUAAGCAUAAAAAUAAUUGCAAGAUUUAUUAUCUGAAUAGAUUCCAAAAUAAAUAACAUCCUCAGGAUCAAUUCAAUUUUAAACUGAUCCAUAAAAAGCAUUAUAGAUAAGUUAAUUAUAAUAAACCAAUUAAGCAUUAAACUAAUAAAUAGAAGAAUUAUAAUAAUAAAGAAAAGAAGAUUUAUAGAAAUUUUAAGAUAUGAUUGGAAAUGGAGUAAAUGAAUAAUAAAUUGUAGCAUUAAUGUCUGAAAAAUAAUAAUUAUAAUCUGAUUUAAGAAUGUUAUAAAGCAAAUUAGAUUAAGUUUAAUAAGAACAGUUAGCCUUACAAAGUUAAUUGACUUAAAAAACUAAAUAAUUAAUUGAUAUCCAUGAUGAUGUCAAAUAAGAAGAAUAGUUGUAAUAAUAAUAAUUAUUAUCUAAUGAAAAUGAACUGUUAAAGAAAUAAUUAGAAAAAGUCAAAAGCUAAUAUUAAGAGCUUCUAGAAUUAUAAUCAUAAAAUUUAACACCAAAUGGAUUGUAAGAGAAAUUAUUACAAUAAACGAAGCAAAUUCACGAUUUAGAAGAACAAAAUCAUAUUUAAUAACAUCAAAUAGAAACAGAAAUUCCUUAAUUAGUAGGAGAACUCACUUUAACUAAGUAAAAAUUAAAAGAUGCAAUCACAGAUGCUUAAUUAUGGAAUGAUAAGUAUCAUUAACUUUUAGGAGAUCAUUAAUAAGCAUCUCCAUAACAAAUUUUGGAUUUAGAAUAGAAGCUUGCAGAUGCAUAAAAUGAAGUUCAAAAGGAAAAGGAAAAGUAUAAUCAUUUAUUUUAGGAAUAAUAUUCAUAAUUAUCUCCUUCAUCUGCUUAAGCUAAACUGUUGGAAGCAAUUAAUCAAAUUAAUGAAUUGAAGGCCUAGUUAGAAGCUUACGAAAAAGCAAGAAUUACUAAUUUAAUUGAAAAAGAGCCUUCUUUAGCAAUGGAUAAACUUCAAGAAGACCUUCUUAAUUAUCAAAAAUAAGUUGAGAUGCAAGAAAAAUUAAAUGAACUUCAAUUGCAACAAAUUGAAUUUUUGAGGAACUAGCUUUCUUAAAGAGAUUCAAAAUAAUAAAUGAAAUAAGACUAAGAAGACGAAGAAACUUAACAAUCAUUGAGAGAUCAAAAUAUUAUCCUAUAAGCAUAACUUGCUUAAAAGUAAAAAGAUUUGGAUAAUGCUGAGGCAGCUUUGAUAUAAAAUCAAUAGGUUAUUGAUGAAUAAUAAUAAGAGUAAUUAAAAUCUGAGUUUUGGAAGAAAUAAUAUACAGAUUUAAUUUCUUAACAGGCUCCUGCUGAUUAAUAAAAGUAAAUAUUAAAACAAAAAGAGUCUGAAUUAACUUAAGAAAUUAAGCAACCCUCAUAAUCUAAUAACGAUAACUUAUAAGAACAAAUCAAUAAUUUACUAAUUGAAAGGGCAACUCUAUAAUAACAACUAAUUCAGGUUUAAGGCAAACUAGGCAAAGCUACAUAAAACCUAGAAAGUACAGAUAGCCCUUAACAAGGAUAGGAUAGUUAAGGAUAAAUUUAAAAAUUAAAUAGAGAAGUAUAAGAAUUGCAAUAAAGAAAUUAAAAGUAUUUAUUUUUAUUAAUUGUUUAGCCUGUUAGAAUAGAUGAAAUCUGCGUUGAGUGGAGAUGAUUAGGGAUAAAAAUUAGCAUAAUUGAUAGAGAAGAAUAACUAAUUAAGCUUAAAUAAUUCUAAAUUAAUGAUAGAUCUUGAUGUAAAUCAGAAAGAGUUAUUAAAAUAAUAAGGCUAAAAUUAAGUUUUAAUUGAAAAAGUUAAAGAUCUGUCUGAUCCAUCUGUCACAGAAAACGCAAAGUUGAGAGUUUCAGAUUUAUAAAAGUAGAUAGAUUUAAUUGGGUAACAAGUAGAUUUUUGGAAAUAAAAAUAUUAAUAAGUUUUAAAUGAAUACAGCUAAUAAUUAUCACCAACAAGUAUUUAAAGAAAAAUGAUUGAAUAAGCUCAAUACAUUCAUUAGCAAGAGGAAGCUUUAUUAAUGUUGCAAUAAACUACAGAUUAAACUAAACUGGAUAAUGAAAAUUAAAUUAAUUAACUAAGAAUUGAAAAUAAGAUAUUAAAUGACGAAAAUGUUAAUUUGAAAAAGAGAAUUUAAGAAUAAGAAAAUUAAUCUUAAUAAUUAUCACGAUAACAUGUAUUAUCUUAAGAUUAAUAUGAUAAAUAAAUUUAAUUUUGGAAAGAAAAAUACUAGGAAGCCUUAUAGGCCUUGCACAAAGAUCCAUAAAAAGUUUAAGAUAUUAUUUAGCAAUAAGAAGAGUCAGCAUAAAAUAUAAAACCAGAUAAAGAUUGGCAACCAAUAUUAAAACAAUAAGAUUUAAGUUCAGAGAUAAUAGAUAAAUUAAGAAGCGAGAAUCAAACAUUUUAAGGAGAAGUGACAUUCUACAAAAAGAGAGUAUUUGAGCUUGAAUAAUAACAGUAAAAGCCAGAUCCAAGCUAAUAAGACACAAUUUAAUCAUAACAAUAUUAAAUUAGCCAACUUGAUCGCGACUUGUAAAAAGCUCUAUAAACUUCUGCCUAUUGGGAAUAAAAAUAUAAUGAUGUUGUACAAUAAAGUAUCACCAAAGAAGUAGGUCAAAGAGGUGAUGCUCAAAAUACAGCAAGUUAUUGGAGAUAAAAAUUCGAUUAAGCAGAAUAAAGCAGAUAAUAACUUAUGCAAGUAAUUUAAGAAAAAGAAGAAUAAAUAGAAUAGCAUAUGCAGUCCUUCUAAUCAAUUCUCAAAGAUGAAUUAAAAGAAGAGUUAACCAAGAUUAGAAAUCAAGAGAGAUAGAAAAUUGAAUUACAACUUUAACAAAAUUAACCAUAUAAUGAAUCUAAUUUAAUUCAAAAACUCAAAGAAUAACAUGAAGUCGAAAAAUAGUAAUUAAUUUAAGAGUUUUUAAGAAGAAUUGAUUAAUUAUUAUAAAGUAAUGUUUAGAAAUACCCAGAAGGGGAAAAUUGGAAGGAACUAAUUUUAAGAUAUGAAAAACAGAGAUAAAACGAGCUUUAUGAGUUAAGACAACAUUUAGAAAUAUUAUAAAGAUCAUAAAUUUAAACUAAAGAUAUAGAAUUUUAUGCUGAAAGAAGGGCAUAUGAAAAUGCUAUUAACGAAUUAAAAAAUAGAAUUUAAUAAGAUGAUCCAUAAGAGUUAUAUGAUACUAUUGAAUAUUAAAGAAAGGUCAUUUUAGAUUUAGAGGAUUAGGUCGGGUUCUUAUAAAAUGAAAGAAACAAUCUCGAAAUGCAUAUAAUGCAACUUAAUUAAUAAAUUGAUCAGCUCAAGGAUAAUAUAUCUAGAUAUUAAAUGCAAUCUGACAAUAGAAAAAGAUAGAGAGCUGAAGUCCUUGAGGCCAUUGAAGAAAUGAAACGAGAAAGAGCUCGCGAAAGAGAAUCCUACAAAUCUCCUCAUAGAUAAAUGAGAUAGAGUUAAAAUAGAUCUUCAUGGGAUAGAUACCCUAAAGAUUAUUUAAGACCUUCAAAUAUUUAAUAACCAUCAUAAUUCCAAGAGCAUAGUUCUCCUAUGCAAAGGAUACCAUUCUAGCAAUCAUAAUUUGUGUCUCCUCAACAAGAAAAUAGAGACAUAGUAUUAAAAUUACAAGAAUUAGAUGAAGUGAAACAUAAAUAUCAAAAUGCACUAAAUAAUAUUUUGUAGUUAGAGGCUUAAGUGAUAGAGAAACUAUAACAAGAUGAUAUUUAGAUAGAAUGA